AUGGAAUUCAUAUCUGCAGACUAUUCUAGCAGUGACGGUAGUGAUACCGAGAGCGAAAGUAGUAACAAAAGUGAGGUCCAAAUCGAAUACACGGAGAAAACUUGCAUACAGAAAGCCGAUUCCACUGAUUUACCUGCAAUACCGGAUUCAAUUAUAUUGAAGUACCACAUCCCUCCGAAUUUACAAAAGUACGAGCACCAGGAUAUGAAUAUGAGUCGAUUUUGGCGUUCGUUCACAUAUUUUGAGUGGCGUCCGACUCCAGCGAUUCACCGACAACUUCAGAAAAUCAUAUGUAAAUAUAAAGAAACAUUUAUGAAACAGGAAUACACUAAUCCGUAUCAACUGGUGGAUUUUGACCCGUUGUUCAUCUCACACUUGGGAGCCCCCAAACCUUUACACGUUUCCUUAACUCGAUCGUUGUUGUUUGAAACUGAAGAACAAAGACAUGUUUUCAUUCAAGAAAUGCGUAAUGGUUUACGAAAUAAUGAAAUAACCCCUUUUAAACUUCAAAUCUGCUCAUAUCCGAAGUUAUAUAUAUCAGAACGAGCCAACACCUUGUACCUCGGUCUCCCUGUCUCAGAAUGUCCCAAUAAGGCACAAAUUUCUCCUUUCAAAACGAUAAUAGCUGAGGCACUUCAGAAAUCAGGCAUUUCAAACUAUCAGGAUUUAAUUGUAAGUAGGCAAAAUUUACAUGUUUCAAUUGCCAUCGCUAGCAACCCUUCAAAAGCCACAUUAAAACGUUAUCAACAAUUAAACGAGACGAUGGGGGCGCUUUUACUACUCAAUAAUGACUUUGCAUACAAACUAGAGUUCUUAGUUAACUCUAUCUAUUGUGAUGAAAACCGUCACUCCAUUAGAAUCCCUUUUAACUAA